GGGUUGCUCCCGACUUUAUCAGACCAACAGUGUUGUGUGCAGAGUGGCGGUGAGAGCAACUGCGUGUUGAAGGAACUUCAAGCGCCUGAUCUCUUGCCGGACUCAUACUCUGCAAUUGAGAGACCUAGAAGCUUUUGUGGUACGCAAAUUCAGCGCAAGUAGUAGUCAUGAGUUUUCAGGAUCUCCAGAACAAUGGCGCCAGGCCCUUCCCCUCUUCAUCUCAGAGUCCCUCGCAAGCCGUGGCCGCCGGCAUAUUCCAGAUCAAAACUGCCGUCGCUGCCUUCCGGAGGCUCGUCGACGCUGUCGGCACCGCUAAGGACACUCCCGAUCACCGUCAAAAGCUGGUCGAUACAAGACAACGGAUUAUGCAGUUGGUGAAGGAAACUUCUGCUAAGCUCAAAAUCGUUAGUGAUUCCGACCGCUCUGCCAAUGUCGAUCCAAGCAAGAGAAUAGAAGAUGCUAAGCUUGCAAGAGAUUUUCAAACUACCUUGCAAGAGUUCCAGAAAGUUCAACAGCUAGCUUCUGAGCGUGAGUCUACUUACUCACCCUUUACCGCGACAUCCUCCAUGAGCCAAACAACUAUCUCUAUUCAAUCUCCAGCAGUUAGCACUGACCAGGAGAACCAACCAUUCCUUAUGGAACAUAAAAGGCAGGAGAUAUUACUUCUAGGAAAUGAAAUUGCGUUCAAUGAAGCUAUAAUGGAGGAACGAGAACAAGGUAUCAGAGACAUACAAGAUCAAAUUGGGCAGGCAAAUGAAAUUUUUAAAGACUUAGCUGUUCUAGUUCACGAGCAAGGAAUAGUUAUUGAUGACAUUCAAUCAAAUAUUGAAGCUUCCUCUGAUGCAACCACACAGGCUAGAGUACAGUUAUCCAAAACGUCCAAAAGCAUCAAAUCUAAAUGCUCUUGGGAGGAGGUUAUGAUGAACUCGUCGGACUCAAGUUUGUUGGAAAUCGUGUUGGUGGGCGCUGGCAGUUCUCGUAGUGGUGUUGGUGAUUGUUUUCCUCAUCUUGAUCAUAUAGAAACCGAGUACGUGUGUGCCGCUGCAGAGUGAUGCUGGUUAGACUAAUAUAUAUAUAUAUAUAUAUGUAUGUAUCUUUCUUUUUUCCUUUUUGAGCCUGCGGUUUCUGAUUUUGUGCUGAUGAGAUGAAAUUUUGUGUUCUCUGUGGGGAGAGAGAGAGAGAAGUGUGACGAACCUCAUUUAGGAAACGUGUAUUUGAGGUGAUUGUGCAUUUGAUGAAAGUUGAUGUUCUUGUUGUUUGGAUUU